AUGAAACUUCAAAAGACGCUUUGGCUUGGCUUGGCCUUCUUCAGCAUUGCCUCUGGCAUCUGCGUAGUAGAAGAGGAUAUCGGCAUAUUCUUCGAAACUGAACGGCCGCCUCCUUUGUUCAUUAUCCAUUGUUCAUCGAUAGGUCGAUCAACGAACAAUCAAGUCACACAGCAGAAAAGUCGUAAGGAAUCACAGAAAACAGGAUACUGCGUUUCCGCGGACGACAACGCAGAUCUGAACGACCAAAUAGCAGAAGAAUUGCGUGAAGAAUUAGAAAAACGACGAUUGAAGAACGCAGACGGCUCCAGCUGCGACAUGGACGAAGACUUCGAUAACUCCAUGCCCGCCACUGUCGAUGACAAAGACAAACUCGAAGACCGAUUGGCUGCUGAAAAGAAGGAAGACCCUGAAGAAUCGGCAAAGUCGGAUGUGCGGACGGCAACGCCGAACGAACAAAGUUUGGAAAGUGAGGUUAGGACUGUGGCGUCAGACGCAAGGGGAUCUCUGUGA